UAGUCCACUACUACUACUAGUAUCCCACUAUCCUCUCCUUUUCCUUUUCCUUCUUCGACGGGAGCGGAGCGUGGAGGGAGUGGGGGUGCAGCGUCUAAAGCCAUGGCGGCGCUGCAGCACGUGAGCUCGGCGCCGCUCGCACGUGCGCUCCGCUCGACCCGCGCCGCCGCCGCCGCCGCCGCCGCCGCGCCGCUUCGCUCGUCGCAAGCCGACCCCCCGCGCUUCCUCCUCGGCUUGUCCGAGCCCGACCUCCGUAACCUCGCCCUCCAAUUCGGACACCAAAGCUAUAGGGGGAAGCAACUCCACGACCUCAUCUACAAGACCAAGGCUAGAGAAAUCCAAGAUUUUAGUCACCUGCCUCAGGCGUUUCGGGACGCGCUUUGCGGCGCCGGUUGGAGAGUGGGGAGGUCGCCGGUUCACCGCGCCGUGACCGCCGCGGACGGCACUGUUAAAAUACUUUUGAAGCUGGAGGAUAACAGGUUGGUUGAAACAGUGGGAAUUCCCGUCGAGAACGAUGAUGGUUCAUUUCGACUCACCGCUUGUGUGUCGUCGCAGGUUGGAUGUCCCUUGCGCUGUUCGUUUUGUGCCACGGGAAAAGGAGGGUUCUCGAGGAACCUCCGGCCGCAUGAGAUCGUCGAGCAGGUUCUAGCUAUAGAGGAUAUAUUCAAACACAGGGUGACGAAUGUCGUUUUCAUGGGGAUGGGCGAGCCGAUGCUGAACUUGAAGUCAGUGUUGGAAGCCCACAGAUGCUUGAACAAGGAUGUGCAAAUUGGGCAGAGGAUGAUAACGAUAUCGACGGUAGGUGUUCCCAACACGAUCAAAAUGUUAGCGUCGCACAAGCUUCAGUCAACCUUGGCCGUGAGCUUACAUGCUCCUAACCAGAAACUGCGAGAAACAAUAGUUCCGAGUGCAAAGGCUUAUCCCUUGGAUGCACUUAUGCAUGACUGUAAAGAAUAUUUCCUCGAAACUGGACGCCGAGUCUCCUUUGAGUAUACUCUUUUAGCUGGGAUCAAUGAUAAAAAAGAGCAUGCGGUAGAACUUGCGGGGAUGCUCCAUCAAUAUGGUCGCAGCUAUCACGUCAACUUGAUACCUUUUAACCCAAUAGAAGGUUCCGAGUACAGGAGGCCCUACAAAAAAGUGGUGCUAGCUUUUGUUGAAGCCCUAGAAUCUCGAAAAAUCACCGUAAGCGUUCGACAGACACGGGGACUUGAUGCUAAUGCGGCAUGUGGGCAGCUGAGGAAUGAGUUCCAGAAAAAACCACUCCUCGAGCCAUCAUCAUCAGCCGAGCCUCAAGCCUUGCCGGUCUGAUCGCUAUCGUCUCCAAAAUGCAUGAUAUCUAUUUCUUAAACCUCAGCUUAAGUUUAUGAGCUGAUAUCAUUCCCUGUGACCAGAGAGGGGGGAAGUGGUUGCUUUGUUUCAAUUGGUCUUGCUGUAGGCAAAUCUACAUAGGUGCAGCUGAAAUUCUGCUUGCAAAGAAAUGUUGACGCAUUGUGGAAAUAUCUCGCCUAAGCUUGACCAAUCGAGUUUCUAGUUUUCUACACCAUGGCUGCUUAUUUAUGCUACUCCAGUUUAUCUAUUGGGCAGCUAUUAACUUAUUGUAUGUUUUUAGUGUAUUUUUCUGUAAUUAUGCAGUUGCGUACUGUUUUGAGCGUACCCUAGAAGUUAAGCUCCUCUGCAUGCUGGUACUAGUAUUGUCCGAGUGAACCCUCUAUUUUUGAACA